CCCCCCCUGUCCGGACAUUGAACUAGUGUUGCACGUAAAACUUUGUUUAGGUCUAAUAUUAACACCAUGAAAACGUGCAAGCACGUCUUGUGUUAGAAUGGAAAGCGUGUUUUUAAAAUAUAUGCAAAUAUUUGCUUACAACCGUAAAUUUAACCACGCGAGUUCGCCGCGGAAAUUCGUAAAUCUUGUUGGACUUAAUUGUCUUCAGGUGUCCAUCAGGUGGAGUACCUCUGGAUGUGUUGCUGGUAGAAACAUGGAGAUACCAAAAUCCUCAGACAGAGCAGAGCUGGAAGAGACAACAGGCCUGGUGGAGGAUGGUGAUUUGCCUCAAGGUGCCGAAGGUGGAAAGGUGGAUCCUCGAACACCGAGGAAGAGCAGUUCCUCCCGCUCUUCCCGUAAGAGUUUCCGUCUGGACUACCGACUGGAGGAGGAGGUGACRAAGUCCUGUCGGGACAAACAUGGUCGCUGGACAAACCCCUGGCCAACAUGGCGCUUUCCUUCCUAUUCUAUGCUGUUCAGAUUUCUGGUGCUGGAUAAAAAUCACAGCAGUGUGCCAACAAGCAAAGAGGUCCUGGACAGUGAACUCCCAGUAUUGGAGCCCUACUUUGUCCAGAAUCCAGAAGCGUUGGACUCUCCUGCUGGUAUGAGGGUCACCUGGCUGGGCCACGCUACAGUUCUGGUCGAAAUGGAGGGGGUCAACAUCCUGACUGACCCCAUUUUCAGCCAGAGAGCAUCAUUUCUUCAGUUCAUGGGACCCAAACGAUACAGAGGACCCCCCUGCACAGUGGAACAGGUUCGAAGAUCUUUCUCUUUAUGGAGUAGCUGGUCUGUUUUGGGUCCCAACCAUCGAUUCUUCUUCGCCGGCGACACAGGCUACUGUCCGUCCUUCCAGGAGAUCGGACGCCGCUUUGGGCCAUUCGACCUCGCAGCAAUCCCAAUUGGAGCGUACCUGCCCAGGGAUGUGAUGAAGGGACAGCAUGUGGAUCCAGAAGAGGCUGUUCAGAUUCAUCAGGACCUUCAGGCCAAACAGUCUGUAGCCGUACACUGGGGGACCUUCGCUCUCGCCUAUGAGUACUACCUGGAGCCGCCGGUCCGUCUCAGAGAGGCCCUGGAGGAGAGGGGACUGGAACCAGAAUCCUUCUUCACUUUGCAUCACGGGGAGUCUCGGCUCAUCGCCACACAAGACAGAGACGUUUUCGACUGACGUCUGCAAAAACAAACAUUUCAUUAGACUGAAGAUUUGAGCUCAGACUAAAUAAAAAUGAAUGUUUUAUGGUGCAUACAUGAACUGUUUGGCAUCUCACAGCUGCAGGAGUUGUAAAUACAACAGUUUGUACAAGGAUCACACUUUGAUCUAAGGUGAUUCACCUUCAGUCAUAUAUUAUUGCAGACAUGACAGGAAGAGAUGACUUACAUGCCGAUUCUCUGAGUUGAGGCUUCAGGGGGUUUUUGCUCUCUGCCUCUGAACCCUUUGAAUCCUGAGGAGGAAAAACAAAGCGAGGUCAGAGCAGAAAAGGCUUCACAGGACAGGAUUUAAAGUUAAAACCCAUCCCUUCUCUAAGAAGCUAAGUUUUUCAGAUUGUGUUGGUUUAAAACUCUAGCUUCAUCUUGCAACUUUAGACUCCUACAUGAAGAGUGUUAUUCUUUGAGAUGAGUGCUGCCAUAUAGGAGUUUGGUUUUGUUUUCUGAAUGUGCUACAGCCAAUCCAGAACUGCUACCUGUGAUGUUUACUUUCAACUACAAUGUCUUGAUAGAUUUUGAAAAACAUGCUGAUGUUGAGCUGGAAUCAACUGCAAAGUGCUUUUGUUGCAGCUUCAGCUAUUUUUUCUUUUUUUGUGUGCUGUGAAAACAUCAAAGCUGCAUAUCCUCUCAACAGUUUUCUCCAAAUUUCAAAGAAUUUCGGUUGUAUUUUCUUUUACGGAGCAAAAACAAUAGUUUUGGCAUUGCUGUGACAGAGACUUUACUGUCUCUUACCCUGAAUGUAAAACAGUAAUAGCACAACGUUGAACCCACUUACUGCAGUAACAUGUGAGCCUGAACAGCCAGUUGUGCUUUACACUUUAUCACUUUCUGUAAACGUCACAUUAAAUACACUAUUCAAGUUAAAUGCA